AUGCGGAAAUCUAUAAAUUAUUGGGUACAUUUAUUUCCGCUAUUUAAUGAUAUUAUAGAUAAUUACAAAGAUGCUUAUGGAGGAGCAAUAUGGGAAAGGGCAUGUCCAACUAUUUUAAAUGAUUCUUUAAUAGAUGAAUCGUUAAAAAAUUCACCAAAUAAUAAGAAAAUAUGUAUCCAGGCUAUGUUUUAUCUAAGUGAUAUUAGUGCAAUAAAAAAUGAACUUUUAAGAGAAACCGCUUGUAUAUACUUUUAUUAUUGGAUAUGCCAUAACAUUCAAAAUAUAAGUAAUGUUCAGGAUAUCAAAAAUAAUUAUGAUGCCUUCCUCAAAGUUUUUAAAGCAAAUGUGAAAGGACAUCCUACAUACAUAUGCGAAAAUCAAAUGGAUGGCAUUAUGGAUGAAGAUUUGGCAAUACUUAAAGAUAUAAAUGGUAUGUAUAAAAAAUAUGAUAGAAAUAAUUGGUCAAACAUGAAUUACAAUAAAAAUGAUUUUUAUCAAGCAGCAAUAAGAACUAUAAAUAAAAUCAAUGAAAAAAUUGAAACAAAAGAUACCUUGAGUUGUGAAACUACAAAGAAUACUAUAUCUCAAAUACCAAACUCUUGCAAAAGUAGUAUAUUUUUUCCUGUUAUAAUAACAAUGAUGUACACAAAAUUUGGAUCCUGGUUGGAUGUUGUAAUAUUAAGGAGAACAAACGAGAUGAAUAAUAUAAGUGAAGAAAUUAAAAGGAUGCAAGGAAAUGAUAGAGAAAUUAGCAUAACUAGAAAUAUUAGACAUAAUAUAUUAUAUAAUGCUCAAAAAUUCUAA